UUGAAAAAUUUUCUGAGAGUAAGAAGAAAAAAUAAGAUAAAACAAAGUGAAGGAGGGGGCAAAUCAAACAAAAAUCACAUAAGAGAUGCUAAGUUUAGCGCCUUGUAUUCAAGAGUAGUGAAACGAGACUUUGAAUCUCCGUCAGAAGAUGACUUCGCUGGCCUUCCCCAAUCAAUGGACAGUCAUGGCAGAACACAGUAACCAAAUACUCACCUGGAAGGUACACUUUGUGAGAGUAUUCAAGAAAACCAACCCAUUAAUCUACUUCCCUAAAAUCUCUCUUUACAACCAUCACUCGCAUUUCCAACUUUGCUUUUCGCAACGUUCCUAUAAUACUCACGAAAAACCCAAUUCUUUUGUGACAAAAGGUUUCAUUCUUAUAACCUUCUCAUUCGCUCUUCUUUCCCUUCGCGUAAUUUCCACAAUUCUUCUUCCCGAGUUUCCUCAAAGAUGGAGCCGACUCAUCGAAUUCUCUAAACAAGCUGAGUCGGAGCUGAUGAGUAGCUGUCCACAGCAUUUGAUCCGAGCUGUGGUUGCCUAUGAGGAUAGAAGAUUCUUUCGCCAUUUUGGCAUCGACCCAGUUGGCGUUGCUCGUGCUGUUUUGUCACUCUCGUCUCGUGGUGGUGGUAGCACCAUUACCCAACAGCUUGUCAAAAUUUCAUUCUUGAAGAAUGAACGCACAUUCUUGAGGAAAAUUGUUGAGAUGAUUCUGGCUUUAGCACUAGAGGGAACAAUCUCAAAAAUGGAAAUCUUGAGUGCUUAUUUGUCUAAGAUAUAUUGGGGACAUGGUAUUUGUGGUAUUCAAUCAGCAUCAAACUUGUAUUUCGGAAAACACAUAUCCCUUCUUAGCUUGGGAGAAUGUGCUAUGCUUGCAGCAAUGAUACCAGCGCCAGAGCUCCGGUCACCAUUCAGGGACACUAGCAGAGGAAAGACCUUCCAAGCUAGAGUUCUGAAAAGGAUGGUGGAAUUUGGAUUUCUUGAUGUAGAGAUGGCAAGCGUUGCUGUAAAACAGCAUCUCAGAUUUAAUUCUGGAAGCCCAGAUCACCCAGAUGGAUUCUUGGUUAUAUCGUCUUUCUCUCAAGAGCAUUCAAGUAUGGGCACAAAGUGUGACGGAGGUUCAUUCUCGACCAUCAAGAGAGUAUGGGACUGGGAAACAGAAAGCAAAAUCUGGGAAGUGAAAGAGGACAUGGACAGAUGGGCAACUGGUGUAAAAGAUCGGGGCAUCGAUAAUUCCAAGUUCAAAUCAAAACUUCUUUUCAUGAUCAGAUAACCUGGUUGAAGUGAUUGACGUCCAACAUUGUGUACUUCUGCUUCACCAGACAUCUCCCCAACAGGUGUUCCGCUAUCAUCAUCUAUAGGUUCAGCAAAUGUCUCAUCUGUACCACUCUCCUUUGAUGUUGCAAAAUCCUCAAUGCCAGGAAUCUCAUUGUUGGCAGGAAGCAUAUCACUCUCCUGUUUAUCUGUUGCUCUUGUAUGUGGUUCAGGAAUGUGAAGUGACUCAAGAUCAUGAGAAGAUACAUCACUCCCCCUGUUAUGAACUGUGAGAGGCACUUUAACUGUGGAAAAAGCUUUGGCAAAAGGAAAAAUGUGUUCUUUAAAAAUGACAUCCCUGUGAUGGUGACUCUCAACACGCACACAAGUGUACGUGGUUGUUCAAAGAGUACAAAUUGGUGUAGUUAGGAUAUUGUACCCAAAGACUGGUGAUUCAGCAAGAAUCUCGUAAAUUUUAAUGCCGCAAUUUUAGACAAGUGUUAAAGUAACUGAAAGAGAAUUUCUUUAUUGUUAUUUAUAUCUACCUAAAUUUAAAGAUCGAAAGCAAGUAAAGAUUGUGCUCACAAAGAGAGAUUUCAGGGUUACUACUUUGUUUCACAAUCUUGUAAAGUAUUUGAUUUCAUCGACUUAAUUCACUUAACUAGUUGU